UGGCUUUGUUUGUAAACAAAAAAUAAUUCGAAAUAAUAAUAUGGAAGUUGAAAAUAUUGAAUUAGAGGAGGAAAUAAAAAAGAGAGAAAGGUUCGGAUCAUGUGAAGUUUGUGACCAAAAUCAAUCAAAAUACACUUGUCCAAAAUGUGAGCUUCAUACUUGCUCAUUAAAUUGCUCCAAAAUCCACAAAAAGGAACUAGAAUGUGAUGGAAUCAGAGAUAAAACUAAGUACAUACCUGUGAAGAAGAUGACACCGAUGGAUUUCAUGAAUGACUACUAUUUUCUGGAAGAAGCUACAAGAUUCACAAAAGAGAUCAAAACUAAUUGGAAGGUGAAAAGUACAAAGAAACUUAGCAACAAGUUUAUAAAACUGAAAAAAGCUGCACAACAACGGAAUAUCAAAUUGUUUUUACUUAAUUCAUCGCUAAACAAAAGAAAGAAGAACUUUUCAUUUUAUGAUCCAAAAGCAGACUCAAUUGUAUGGCAUGUAGAGCUUAAUUUCUCAAAUGCAGACUUCAAAACUCGCAUUAAAGUCAACGAAAAUACCAAAGUUGUCGAUUCAAUUCAAUCAAUAAUCGAUAAAGUCGAGAAUAAGCAGCUUGAAUUUUAUAAGGCAAAAGGUAUGUCAAAACUUAAAGUUCUGCUUAAAGCUGAAGGAUUAAAGAGGAAUCAAAAUCGUUAUUUUGACCUUAACAUCAACAAGUCUUUCAAAUCAAACUUGAGUGGAAAAGUUGUUAUUGAAUAUCCAUCAAUUUCUGUCAUAAUGGAUCAUUGCACUGAUGGAUAUGAAUUAAUUAUGAGUGACGAUGAGACAAUCCAAGCUGAGCAAAAGGAAUUCGUUAAAACUUUACAGGAAGAAGUUUUUACUAGAAAAGUCGGAGAUAAUCCAAUGUUCAUAGUAAAACCCGAGGAAGUUCCAAUCUUUGCUGAUGUUUUGAAUGAUGAUAAGGAAGUUAAAAAUACAGGCAAUUCCCAACAAAGUCCAACCAAAUUAGCUGUAGUAAAAGAUACAGAUGUAAAAGUUGACGAUGACGAGGAAAUUUCGCCGCAAAAUUACUUUUUCUAGCAGUUAAGUCGAUUUCUGUAAUGAUAAGGAAAUCUCGAUAGUAUCAAGCGAUAAACCUAGUUUUUGAUCACAAAUCAAUACUCAAAAUCUAGACUGAACACCUGUGUCAUUGUCGAAAAAAUAACAACAACCUUGCCCGACUCGAGUAUUAAUCAUUAAAAUUUUAAUCUGAUAAAUAGAAAACAUACAAAAUAAAUUACAUUUGGUUCACAAGAUGUUAGUCA